UUCAAGUGACUUAUGUAUUCUAUGUACACUAGGCCAUGGGAAACAGCAAUAACGUCACUGUAUUUAUUCUCUUGGGACUUUCUCAAAGCAAAAAUAUUGAAAUCUUCUGCUUUGCAUUAUUUUUAUUUUGCUAUAUUGCUAUUUGGAUGGGAAAUUUGCUCGUAAUGAUUUCUAUCACUUUCAGUCAUCUAAUUGACCAACCCAUGUAUUUUUUCCUUAAUUACCUCUCUCUCUCUGACCUCUGUUACACAUCCACAGUGACACCCAAACUAAUGACCGACUUACUGGCAGAAAGGAAGACCAUUUCCUAUAAUAACUGCAUGACACAGCUCUUUACCUCACAUUUCUUUGGAGGCAUUGAGAUCUUCAUCCUCACAGGGAUGGCCUAUGACCGCUACGUGGCCAUCUGUAAGCCCCUGCACUACACUGUCAUCAUGAGCAGGCAGAGGUGUAACACAAUCAUCAUAGCUUGUUGUUUCGGAGGAUUUGUACACUCUGCCGUUCAGUUAUUUCUCACUAUCUUCUUACCCUUCUGUGGCCCCAAUGAGAUAGAUUACUAUUUCUGUGAUGUGUAUCCUUUGCUGAAACUGGCCUGCACUAAUACGCACACCAUAGGCCUCUUAGUCAUUGCUAAUUCAGGCCUAAUUGCUUUGGUGACUUUUGUUGUAUUGAUGUUGUCUUAUUUUUUUAUAUUAUACAGGCUCAGAGCAUAUUCUGCAGAGAGCCGCAGUAAAGCUGUUUCCACUUGCAGUUCUCACAUAACAGUGGUGGUUCCAUAUUUUGCCCCUGCAUUAUUCAUUUAUAUUAGACCAGCCAUAACUUUUCCAGAAGAUAAAGUGUUUGCUCUUUUCUGUACCAUCUUUGCUCCCAUGUUCAACCCUUUGAUCUACACCCGGAGAAACAUGGAGAUGAAGAAUGUCAUGAGGGAAGUUUGGUGCCAUCAAAUCCUCUUGGAAGGAAAGUAA